UGAGAAAGCAUCAGUGUGUUUAGUUUGUGCAGUCGAACCUGGAUCCGUGACAGAUGAAUUGUCGAAAAUAGAGGAAAAGGGAACGCGGGCGACUCUCCCGUGCACGAAAAACAUGUUUCCUAAAGGCAAAAGCUCCGUCGUGCCGUCGGAUGGUCAGGCUCGGGAAAAGUUAGCGUUGUAUGUUUAUGAAUAUUUGUUACACAUUGGAGCUCAGAAGUCUGCGCAGACAUUUCUGUCAGAAAUCCGAUGGGAAAAAAACAUCACGUUAGGAGACCCUCCUGGCUUCCUACAUUCCUGGUGGUGUGUCUUUUGGGACCUUUACUGUGCAGCUCCUGAGAGGAGAGACACGUGUGAACAUUCAAGCGAGGCCAAGGCCUUCCAUGACUAUAGUGCUGCAGCAGCCCCCAGUCCUGUUCUUGGGAAUAUGCCACCGGGAGAUGGCAUGCCAGGUGGACCCAUGCCCCCUGGAUUCUUUCAGGGCCCUCCCGGCUCCCAGGCCUCCCCUCACGCUCCUCCUCCCCCUAACAGCAUGAUGGGACCCCACGGCCAGCCUUUUAUGUCACCUCGCUUUGGUGGCGGACCGAGACCUCCAAUCAGAAUGGGCAACCAGCCCCCAGGUGGCGUUCCAGCUGCACAGCCAAUGCUCCCAAACAUGGAUCCUAGACUACAGGGGCCGAUGCAGAGGAUGAAUGUUCCUAGAGGAAUGGGUCCCAUGGGUCCCCAGAAUUUUGGUGGAGGAAUGAGACCACCACACAAUUCUAUGGGCCCUGGCAUGCCUGGAGUAAACAUGGGACCUGGAAACGGCAGGCCACCAUGGCCAAAUCCAAAUGCCAACAACAUGCCAUAUUCUUCACCAUCUCCUGGUGCAUAUGGGGGUCCACAAGGAGGGCCACCAGGAACACCUGGCAUUGUCCCAAGUCCGGCAGACUCCAACAAUUCCAGUGAGAACCUGUACACCAUGAUCAACUCAUCUGGAGGUCGCAACAGCUUUCCCAUAGGCCCAGGCUCUGAGGGCCCCCUAGGGGCUAUGGCGGGAAUGGACCCAAUGCAUAUGAAUGGAGGUUCAGGAGACUUGGAUGGACUCCCAAAGAAUUCUCCUAACAACAUGAGUGGCAUGAGCAAUCCAUCUGGGACCCCGAGAGAUGAAGAUGUAGGAGGCAGCUAUCUUCACUCCUUCCAGAAUGAGAACCAGUACUCUCCUUCCAUGACAAUGAGUGUCUGAUGCCAGUCUGUUUGCUCAGUCCUGGAAACUCACAGUUGGCCAUCGAUGACAUGGACAGAGUACAUGUACAGGAAAUGAAAUUGGGUGGGACUGCCCUGGAUCUUCACAAGUGGUCUCAUGCAAUAUCAAAAUGAUUUUCGUUGUUACUUUUUUAAAAUGGCUAGCAAACCUUUCUCCUCUCUAAGAUCAGAAGAUCUAAAUGUGACUCAAAGCUCCUGGAACUGUUGUUUUUUCCUUUCAUUAAGAAGACAAGUAUGGUUACCGCUGACAUAUUCACUGGACGUGUGUACAUUUUGCGCCGACGAGGAAUAUUGCAGUUCACGCUCUCUCGAAUCCGACAUCCACAUCCAACUUCAGCAUGGUUUACACGUACGAAACUUCCUCCGACUUUUUGACACUGAGCUCUCAUACGUGGCCUUGAAUUCUGUGAAUAUUUUAUUGCCUUUCAGCAACCCGUUUUUAGUUUUCAGUGAAACGCGUCACGUGGUGAGAGAAUUCAGUCUUUCUUGAGAAAGACUCACUGUUGUAUUUUACUCGUACACUCUGUCAAUUUUGUCUUCAAGCAUUAUAGGCGGCUGCUUUUAAAGAAUAACUGCGUUGACGGGUCUUGUCCUGAAGAUACUUUUCUCCUGCACUGAUUUCAUGUUCUCUUUUUUUUCUGAUAUUUUGACUGCUGUCUCAUUUUUUUUGGUCAAAGACUGAAUGAUACGUCAGUCGCUAACCCAGAUAAACAUACUACCUAUCAGACCCUCACUUCUCAGAGUUCCUCAGGCGGGUGACUGGAUUACACAACUGGAUGCGUCUCCCUCUAAAAUGUUCGGCAUUAAAUACGUCAUGAUGGAUUUGUAAUUGAUUCAAGACACCCAUAUCAUGUUUUUUUUAUAUGUAAUUUUCAGUCAUGUGCCUCUGUUGUUUUUAGCUUGAAUAUGAUUUGAUACUGGUUUGAGGCCUCAGCCACCCUGUUGCUGGUGUAAGCCAAGCCCGGUGUGUUGGAAUUUUAUAUUGGGUUUCAUUUGCGCAACAUCAAACACGGUGAUAAUGCAGUUAGAAUGGUAACUUAUUAUAUUUAUACAGACAUUCAGUAAUUGUUUUACAUUUUAAGUAGUUUUGCACUGCUUUAGUUAGCAUGUGCAUCAUACUUUUAACUGUGGGCUAAAUAGGCUUGUUUAUAUAUUGACUACUAAAUUAUUUGGCUCUUUAUUGAGGAUUUUGUCUUUAUAUUUUUAAAUCUGUCAUAAUACAAACGGGAAAGCAGUGAUUGAACAUCUUUAACUAAACCUUCAGAUUCCAGCUGAAUGCUUGAAGAGAAAGCUCAAUGUGAAAUGAUUUUAUCUUUGAAAAAUGAUGUAAAGCUUGAUGUUCCCAGACUUUAUUUAGGGUAGCAUCUCUCCAGAGGGCCAAGGUCCAGCCAUUUGAUUUCCAUGUAAAUCAUUCUCUUUAAACCAGUUUCAAUGUAAGAUAAAGUUGUUCCCAAAUUGUCUAAA